GUAUCGACCAUGCGUGUAGUUCCGGAUGCGGCGGGAGGAUUGUAGGUGGACAUAAAAACGGGUCAAUUUUCUAAGCAUGCCGGAAUUCGGCCGAGUAUUGGAGUAAGCGAUCAGGCAGGCUAAAGACUAGGAAGUAUAUGGUAGGUGUCACCUACUCUCACUUGUGUGACUCUUACCGUGUUCGCCCUAUUUCCACCAGUGCCGCUCCUUCUGUUCACAGACUCACUCUGGACACGACACCUUCUUGGAAAAUCCACAGUCGUUAUAUGCAUACAUACAUCAAGAGCCUAAAGAAGUGCCCUUACUCAAUUCUUUCUACGGAAACUCGCUCCUUUCACAUCUACCUGUUGUUGCCGCUAUCUACGGUGGCACCUGUCUUACCCAGGUUCCAAUUUUUAACCCAAACCUAGCGUCAACAAACAUACCCAGGAUUUGACGUCCCCUUAACCUUACAACUCUCGCUAAGGGUCAACGAAGAAAUCACUACCACCAUGGAUGACGCAGACUGGCGCGAUACCUGCACGUACGAGGAAUGCGGGGUCGAGGGGUCAUUCUGGGGCUAUCGCCCUUCCCAUGGCGUGAACAUAGCGUUUGUUGUUCUAUUCGGCAUCUCUACGUUGGCAUUCCUGGCUCAGGGUUUUUCGGGCAAGAAAUGGCUCGGAUUUACUAUUGCUAUGGAGAUGGGUUGUAUAUUGGAAGUUAUUGGGUAUAUCGGACGCAUACUGGCGUACAAUGAUCUGUUUCAUGAGAACCCUUUCCUCAUCCAAAUCAUCUGUCUCACCAUUGCUCCCGCCUUCCUCGCGGCAGGUAUAUACCUCUGCCUCUCCCGAAUUGUAGUGACAUUCGGCCCAGAGAACUCACGGAUCAAACCUCUCUCCUACCCACGAAUCUUCAUCCCUUGCGACAUCAUCUCCCUCGUGCUGCAAGCUAUCGGUGGCGCAAUGGCGUCUGCUAAGACGCACACAGGAGAAAAUCCCAAAGUAGGAACAAAUAUUAUGAUCGCUGGACUUGUGGUGCAAGUGGUCACAUUGCUAAUUUUUAUGAUCCUCGCCCUGGAUUUUGCCGUCCGCACAAUUCAGCGUACCGCCCACCUCGGCUCUCAAAACGCGCUUGACCCCCGACACGCAAAGCUCCGUCAGUCGUGGGUCUUCAGGGCCUUUCUCGUCGCCUUGGCAUUCUCCACGCUGUGCAUUUUCACAAGAUGCGUAUACCGCGUGGCGGAAUUGAGUGAGGGUUGGAGUGGGCGUCUCAUCAAGACGCAGAAGUACUUCAUCGGACUAGAGGGUGCAGUAAUCAUUGCGGCGGUUUUAGUGCUGAAUGUGUUUCAUCCUGGUUACUGCUUUAGGGAAGCUUUGGACACGGCGAAGGUGCAGAAGAGUGAGAGAAAGUAGUACGGGUGAAAGUGGAGAAUUCCAGGUGCGGUUGAGAUAGUUCUUGAAGAGAAUUAGUGUUCCACCAAGAGGAAAGCGGAGUUUAACACUGUGACGAGGCCUUGGAAAAUCGGAUAUGAGCUCUAGAAACAUGCAUCAAGUCAUAAUGCUGUUAUUUAACCGCCCUCGGGUACUCUAAAUAGAGCGUG